AUGGGUCACGAGGACAAGGACGAUCCCCCACCAACCCUAACAAAAGACCACCAAAUCUUCAUCUCAAUCCACCACCGCGGCGAACUCUCCCUCGACGAAAGGAGACGCGAACUCGGCAUAAGCGCCUACCACUGGGGCGUCCUUCUGGCACCCCGGCCCCGGCACCCACGAGGCCCAGACUGCCACGCCUUCGAUGUAACCGAUGGCUCAUCUCCAGAUCGACUGCUACGAAGAGACAACAACCCCGACUUCAAAUGGCAUUUCCGUGUGAAGAAUUACGUCAACCCAGAUCACAGUGGUUCGUUACUGCUGAGGAUUCUAAUUGGAAAGAUUAAGAUUGGCAAGAGCAAUGGCGAUGCAUUUGAACGCAUCGAUGCUCUCUUGCGAUCUAUCCCGUUGCCAGUGAAGGGGUCUAGUGGAGCCAUGCCGAGUCAAAAUUGUGUUGGGUGGAUCCGGGCUGCUAUUCGGAAAUUGCAGGCGAAUGGUCUGGCUGAAGAGUUUGAUGUUGAUUCUUUUAUGGAUCAUGCUUUGGCUUUUGUUGAUCGGCGACUGGCGGAUGUUGAUCAUGUGCCUGAUGUUAUCAAUCAUUUGGGGAAGAAGAUCUAG